CUCCCUCCCUCCGGGCAGCCGGCUGCUACGACAACGGGCAGCACUACCACAUCAACCAGCAGUGGGAGCGCAUCUACCUGGGCAACACCCUCGUCUGCACCUGCUACGGCGGCGGCCGCGGCUUCAACUGCGAGAGCAAGCCCGAGCUGGAGGAGACCUGCUUUGACAAGUACACGGGAUCCGCUUACCGCGUCGGGGAGACCUACGAGCGGCCCAAGGACUCCAUGAUCUGGGACUGCACCUGCAUUGGGGCGGGACGCGGCAGGAUCAGCUGCACCAUUGCAAAUCGCUGCCAUGAAGGGGGCCAGUCCUACAAGAUCGGGGACACCUGGCGCAGGCCGCACGAGACGGGCGGCUACAUGCUGGAAUGCGUUUGCCUCGGCAACGGGAAAGGCGAAUGGACUUGCAAGCCUGUGGCGGAGCGGUGCUAUGACAAUUCUGCUGGGACCUCCUAUGUGGUGGGAGAGAUCUGGGAGAAGCCCUACCAAGGCUGGAUGAUGGUGGACUGCACCUGCCUAGGAGAAGGCAGCGGCCGCAUCACCUGCACUUCCCGAAACAGGUGCAACGACCAGGACACCAGGACCUCCUACAGGAUCGGAGACACCUGGAGCAAGAAGGACAACCGAGGGAACCUUCUGCAGUGCAUCUGCACAGGGAACGGACGAGGGGAGUGGAAGUGCGAGAGACACUCCUCCCUGCAAGCCACGGGAAUCGGAACUGGCUCGACCACCUUCACCGAUGUCCAAACUGCCCUUUACCAGCCCCAGCCCCAGCCUGCCCCUUACGGACACUGCGUCACGGACAACGGCAUGGUGUACUCGGUGGGCAUGCAGUGGCUGAAGACGCAGGGCAGCCAGCACAUGCUCUGCACUUGCCUGGGCAAUGGAGUCAGUUGCCAGGAAACAGCUGUGACGCAGACCUAUGGAGGAAACGCCAAUGGGGAGCCUUGCGUCUUCCCCUUCACCUACAACGGGAGGACUUUCUACUCGUGCACUUCGGAAGGCCGCACGGAUGGGACGCUCUGGUGCAGCACCACCUCUAAUUUCGACCAGGAAAAGAGAUACUCGUUCUGCACAGAACAAAAUGUCUUGGUCCAAACGCGGGGCGGCAACUCCAACGGGGCCCUCUGCCACUUCCCCUUCAUCUACAACAGCCGGAAUCACACCGACUGCACCUCGGAGGGGCGGCGAGACAACAUGAAGUGGUGCGGCACCACCCCAAACUACGAUGCCGACCAGAAAUUUGGCUUCUGCCCCAUGGCAGCGCAUGAAGAGAUCUGCACCACCAACGAGGGGGUCAUGUACCGGGUCGGGGACCAGUGGGACAAGCAGCACGACAUGGGCCACAUGAUGAGGUGCACGUGCGUGGGGAACGGGCGCGGGGAGUGGACCUGCAUCGCCUACUCCCAGCUCAGAGACCAAUGCAUCGUGGACGGGAUCACGUACGACGUCAACCAGACCUUCCACAAGCGCCACGAGGAGGGGCACAUGCUGAACUGCACCUGCUUUGGCCAAGGGCGGGGCCGGUGGAAGUGUGAUCCUGUGGACCAGUGCCAGGAUUCGGAGAGCCAGACCUUUUACCAGAUCGGAGAUUCGUGGGAGAAGCACGUCCAUGGCAUCCGAUACCAGUGCUACUGCUACGGGCGGGGCAUUGGCGAGUGGCACUGCCAGCCUUUGAGCGCCUACCCAGGUUCCACUGGUCCGGUCCAGGUGAUCAUCACAGAUGUCCCAAUCCAUCCUGAUUCUCACCCCGUCCAGUGGAUCGCUCCGGAAUCCUCUCACAUCUCCAAGUACAUCCUUCGGUGGAAGCCGAAGAACUCUGGAGUGAGAUGGAAAGAGGCCACCAUUCCGGCCUACUUGAACUCCUACACCAUCUCUGGCCUGAAGCCUGGCAUCCUCUAUGAGGGGCAGCUGGUUUGUGUGCAGCAUUACGGGCAGCAGGAAGUCACCCGGUUCGAAUUCACCACCUCCAGCACCACAGCUGUUUCAAGCAGCCACGUGUCUGGAGAAACCACAGCACUUCCUUCUGUGGUGACCACCUCGGAGUCGGUCACAGAAAUCACAGCCAACAGCUUUGUGGUCUCCUGGGUUUCUGCUUCUGACACCGUCUCAGGAUUCCGGGUCGAAUAUGAAUUGAGUGAGGAGGGUGACGAGCCCCAGUAUCUGGACCUUCCAAGUACAGCCACGUCGGUCAACAUCCCCAACUUGCUUCCGGGCCGCAGAUACAUCGUGAACGUCUAUCAGAUUUCAGAAGAGGGCAAGCAGAACCUGAUCUUGUCCACUUCGCAGACCACAGCACCUGAUGCUCCUCCGGAACACAUUGUGGAAAGUGUGGAUGACACGUCCAUCAUUGUGAGCUGGAGCCGGCCGGAGGCCCCCAUCACAGGCUACCGCAUCGUCUACACCCCAUCCGUGGAGGGGAGCAGCACAGAGCUGAACCUGCCGGAGUCGGCCACCUCCGUGACGCUGAGCGACCUGAUGCCGGGGGUGCAGUACAACAUCACCAUCUACGCUGUGGAGGAGAGCCAGGAGAGCAGCCCCGUCUUCAUUCAGCAGAAGACCACCGGCAUCCUGCAGGAGGGUGAGAUUCCUCCCCCGAAAGACCUGCAGUUUGUGGAUGUCACAGACGUCAAAAUCACCAUCAUGUGGAAUCCCCCCGAGAGCACCGUGUCCGGCUACCGGGUGGAAGUGAUCCCCGUGAACCGCCCAGGCGAGCAUGGGCAGAAGUUGCCUGUGACGAGGUAUUCCUUCGCAGAGGUCACAGAGCUCCUACCUGGAACCACCUACCUCUUCAAGAUCUACGCCCUGGGGCAAGGCAGAGAAAGCAAACCUCUCACAGGACAGCAGGCAACCCGACUUGAUGGCCCCACCCACUUGCGGUUCAUCAACGAGACGGAUUCCACGGUGGUGGUGACCUGGAGGCCCCCGCAGGCCCACAUCACAGGCUACCGCCUGACGGUGGGGCUGACCAGAGGAGGGCAGCCCAAGAAGUACACCUUGGGCCCUCAGGCCCCCAGGUACCUGCUGAGGAACCUGCAGCCGGGCUCUGAGUACACCCUCUCCCUGGUGGCUGUCAAGGGCAACCUGCAGAGCAACCCCGAAACCGGAGUCUUCACCACCUUGCAUCGCCAGGGCUCAAUCCCUCCCUAUAACACGGAAGUGACGGAGACAUCGAUUGUUGUCACCUGGACUCCUGCGCCCAGAAUUGGCUUUAAGCUGGGCGUGCGGCCGAGCCAAGGGGGAGAAGCACCCCGGGAGGUCAUCUCCGAGUCGGGCAGCAUCGUCAUCUCUGGCCUGACCCCCGGUGUGGAGUACAUCUACAGCAUCACCGUCCUGACAGACGGCCAGGAGAGGGACGCGCCAAUCAUCAAGACCAUCGUCACACCUGUUUCCCCCCCGUCCGACUUGCACCUGGAGUCUAAUCCAGACACCGGAAUCCUCACUGUCUCUUGGGAAAGAAGCACAACUCCAGAUAUCACUGCGUACAGAAUAACGACCGUCCCAACCAAUGGACAGCAGGGUUACACCCUGGAGGAGCUGGUCCAUGCAGAGCAGACCACCUGUAUCUUUGAAAACCUGAGCCCGGGGGUGGAGUACAACGUCAGUGUUUACGCUGUCAAGGACGAUCAGGAGAGCGUGCCCAUCUUUGAGACCAUCACCCAAGAAGUGCCCCAGCUCGCUGACCUAAGCUUUGUUGACAUAACUGACACCAGUAUCGGCCUGAGGUGGAGCCCUCUCAACGCCUCCUCCAUCAUUGGCUACCGCAUCACGGUGCUGGCGGCAGGAGAAAGCGUCCCCAUUUUUGAAGACUUUGUGGACUCCUCAGUAGGCUACUACAGGGUCACCGGCCUGGAGCCUGGCAUUGACUAUGAGAUCAGCGUCAUCACCCUCGUUAGUGGCGGAGAGAGCGCCCCCACCACCCUGACGCAGCAGACGGCUGUCCCGCCUCCCACUGACCUCCGUUUCACCAACGUGGGGCCGGACACCAUUCGAGUGACGUGGACUCCCCCCGCCUCCAUCGAACUGACCAGCUUCCUUGUGCGUUACUCGCCUGUAAAGAACGAGGAGGAUGUUGCUGAGCUGACUAUCUCGCCUUCAGACAAUGUGGUGGUUUUGACAGGUCUCCUGCCGGGAACGGUGUACUUAAUCCGGGUCUACAGUAUCUAUGAACAACAUGAGAGUAAACCUUUGAGUGGAGAGCAGAGAACAGGGCUGGAUUCUCCUACUGGGCUGGACUUUUCCGAGAUCACAGCCCAUUCGUUCACCGUCCACUGGAUCGCUCCCCGCGCGACCAUCACAGGCUACAAGAUCCGGCAUUACCUCGAGCAAGGCGGGAGCAGACCCAAAGAAGUCCGCAUUGCACCGUCUCGUAAUUCCAUCACUCUCACUGACCUGAUUCCAGGGUCUGAGUAUGUGGUUAGCAUUUUUGCAUUCAAUGGCAAAGAAGAAAGUUUGCCCCUGAUUGGACAACAAAGUACAGUUUCUGACGUUCCAGGAGACCUGCAGGUGACCUCUGCCAGCCCCACUAGCCUGGUCAUCUCCUGGGAUGCCCCUGCUGUUACCGUUCGAUACUACAGGAUCACGUAUGGAGAGACAGGAGGCAGCGGCCCCGUCCAGGAGUUCACGGUGCCCGGCCACCUCUCCACGGCCACCAUCCCUGGCCUGAAGCCCGGAGCAGAGUACACCAUCACCGUCUAUGCUGUCACCGGCCGCGGAGACAGCCCCGCCAGCAGCAAGCCCAUCACGGUCAGCUACAAGAUGGAGAUUGGCACCCCGUCCCAGCUGCAAGUGGUCGACGUCCAGGACAGCAGCAUCACCGUUCGGUGGCAGCCCCCCUCCUCCCCCGUCACUGGCUACCGAGUGACCACGGCCCCCAAAGAUGGUCACGGCCCCACAAAAACCAAAGUGCUCUCGGCAGAGCAAACGGAAGUCACAAUCGAAGGGCUCCAGCCCACCGUGGAGUAUGUGGUGAGCGUCUACGCCCAGGGCCACGAUGGAGAGAGCCAGCCGCUGGUGGAGACGGCUGUCACAAACAUUGACCGCCCCCGAGGAUUAACAUUCACCGAUGUGGAUGUUGAUUCCAUCAAAAUUGCUUGGGAAAGCCCCCAGGGGCAAGUCAGCAGGUACAGGGUGACCUACUCCACCCCGGAGGACGGGAUCCAAGAGCUCUUCCCUGCUCCUGACGGCGAAGACGACACGGCGGAGCUGCAUGGCCUCCGGCCCGGCUCCGAGUACACGGUCCGCAUCGUGGCCUUGCAUGACGAGCUGGAGAGCCCGCCUCUGGUUGGAACCCAGUCCACAGCAAUCCCUCCUCCGACAAAUCUGAAGUUUAUCCAGGUCACUCCCACCAGCCUGACGGUGACCUGGGUGGCUCCAACCGUUCGGCUCACAGGAUACAGACUCCGAGUGAAUCCCCAGGAGAAGAACGGGCCCAUGAAGGAAAUCCACCUCUCGCCCGACAGCACCUCUGCUGUCGUCUCUGGACUCAUGAUGGGGACCAAAUACGAGGUUAACGUCUAUGCUCUGAAAGACUCUCUGACCAGCAGACCCGUCCAGGGUGUCGUCACUACCCUCGAGAACAUCAGUCCUCCUCGCAGGCCACGUGUGACAGACGUCACAGAGAGAACAGUCACCAUUACGUGGCGCACCAAGACCGAGACCAUCACUGGCUUCCAGAUCGAUGCCAUCCCUGCCAGCGGCCAGAACCCCGUGCAGAGGACCAUCAGCCCCGACGUUAGAAGCUACACCAUCACUGGCUUGCAGCCAGGCACCGACUACAAGAUCUACAUCUACUCCUUGAACGACAACGCUCGCAGUUCCCCGGCGGUGGUUGAUGCUUCCACUGCCAUUGAUGCAGCCUCCAACUUGCGCUUCCUGACGACCACCAGCAACUCCCUGCUGCUCACGUGGCAGCCCCCCCGGGCCAAGAUCACAGGAUACAUCAUCAAGUACGAGACCCCCGGGGGGCACCCCAGAGAGCUGCUCCCUCGCCCCCGGCCAGGCACGACGGAGGCCACAAUCACAGGUCUGGAGCCUGGGACAGAGUACACCAUCUACAUCAUCGCCGUGAAGAACAAUCAGAAGAGCGAACCUUUGAUCGGCAGGACCACAACAGAUGUGCUCCCCCACCUGGUCAUGCAUCCACACCCUGGCCAGAGCGGACCAGAGAUCCUGGACGUCCCUUCUGUUGUAGAGAACACGCCUUACCUCACGGACUCCUAUGACAACGGCAACGGUAUCCAACUUCCAGGCACUUCCGGCCAGCAGCCCAUCCUGAGCAACCAGGGCCAGCAGGUCUUUGUGGAAGUGUACGGGUCUCGGACCCCUGCCAAGACCACCGUGGCAACGCCCAUCAGGCCUCGGCCCAGGCCGAGGGUGGACGAAGAGCCGGGGCUGGUGAGCCAGCACCCCAUCCGCAUCCCAGACCUGGACGAGCCUUCUUACCCGCACAGCCUGGGGCCCAGGACUAAUUACACCCGGCUCCAGGAGGCUCUUUCUCAGACAACCAUCGCUUGGAGCCCCCUGGGGGAGAGCUCCGAAUAUGUCAUCUCCUGCCACCCUCUUGGGACCGAAGAGGAGCCUUCAGAGUUCAAAGUCCCUGGCACUUCCUCCAGUGCAACCCUCACUGGUCUGACUCGGGGGGCCACCUACAACAUCAUCGUGGAGGCCGUCAAGAACCACCGGCGGCACAAGGUCCUGGAGGAGAAGGUCACCGUGGGCAAUGCCAUUACUGACGGGUUGAACCAGCCCUCGGAGGACACCUGCUAUGACACCUACACCGGCUCCUUCUACGCGGUCGGUGAGGAGUGGGAGAGGCUGUCGGAGUCCGGGUUCAAACUCUGGUGCCAGUGCUUGGGCCUGGGCAGCGGGCACUUCCGGUGCGACUCCUCCAAGUGGUGCCAUGACAACGGCGUCAACUACAAGAUUGGGGAGAAGUGGGACCGGCAGGGGGAGAAUGGGCAGAUGAUGAGCUGCACCUGCCUGGGGAACGGGAAAGGAGAAUUCAAGUGUGAGCCACAUGAGGCCACUUGCUACGAUGACGGCAAGAUGUACCACGUGGGGGAGCAGUGGCAGAAGGAGUACCUGGGGGCCAUCUGCUCCUGCACUUGCUACGGAGGGCAGCAGGGCUGGCGGUGUGACAACUGUCGCAGACCAGGGGCUCCAAGUUCUCCAGAAAGUUCUCCGGGCCACACCUAUUCCCAGUACUCCCAGAGACAACAUCAGACCACGACGACUAACGUGCACUGUCCCAUCGAGUGCUUCUACCCUCUCCAUCUACAGUCAGACGCACAAAACCGACGUGGAGAUUAACGCGCAACGACAGACUGUCACAAGGCCCAGGCAGAGCUGCUUGCCGAGAGCCCCGCCAGUAAAAUUGAGGGAAAAGCUGGCCAGCCUUCUGGGGGCUGCCCGGGGGCCCUGCCUCCUCGCUUGGCUCAGUGCACGGCUUCUUCAUGGCGGGGCAUCUCGGACUUCCUCCCCCAAAUGGACCCUGUCUGUUGGCUUCUCUUCCUACUCAGUUUCAGUACCAGUCAGUAUUUCUGCUCUCUCCACCCCCCCAGGGUAAUUACGUGGGAGAGCCGUAAGGGAUCGGGGGAGCUCCCUGCCCUAGAAAGGAAUGAAUGGAAAGCCAAAUUUUAGUUCCCCCUCCCUGCAGCUCUCCGGCCCCCUCCCUUUGCCCCCGAAAGCUGGUCCCAGCUGCCUCCUCCUCCUCUCCCCCCCCCCCCCCGGCGCUCGGUUAGCAUUUUGUGCUGUUAUUUAUCAAAUUGAUCUCUCCCCCCCUUUUCCCCAAGUGUGUUUCUGUGGGGAAGAUAUAUUGGAGACACGUAGAACACAAUUGACAGAGGAAUUUGGUGUAAUUAUGAUCAGUAAUUAUUUUUAUACUGUUAAGUGCCAAAGCUUUACUACAGUGGGAGACCACUCUUUUAAUAAAAAGUUUUACAAACCA